UGCCUUGUCUGCACGACGGCACCAACUAUUCUGUCAAGUGGGGCAAUCCGCCUGCGACCGGCAGCGGUGGGGACUUGCCCUUUUUAUUGUACUAUGAAUCCUCCCCUAAUCGCGGCCGCGUCUCAUUCAAACCAACGCAACCUUGCGACAAAGCCUGGCGUACAAGUGUCCGCAUUAUCGCCGCGAUGAUCCGCUCGCGUCGACUGUACCCUUGGUACGCUAUGCAUGACCAUCUCACUCGCCGCUCUCGGCGCAGCGACCGCUUGGGCCCAGUCGCCCGCGCGGGUUCUCCCUGAGUCUUCCAACUAUCUCGGCGUCGAAUUCAACACCACCAACAUCACUGCCGGGUCGCGGAUUGAUCCAUCCAUUACCACCAAUGCCCCCCCAAGCCUCCCAGCCCACCCCCACGACACCCACGGCCGGUGCCAGCUCUUCAUGCUCGACCUCUCUCGAUCCCCGCGCAGGCCGUCACAGCCACCACCGGCUACCCGCUCGUUCCCGGAGUCGCGGCCAAAGAAACCAGCCGCCUGCACUGGUGGAGAUUGCCCAGCAGGUCGGGCCCCCGGUGGCGGCGGAUUACUUCCUGGCCGUGGAGUCGUCGGAGUAACUGCGACUGUCUUUUGGUGCUCCUGUGUGUGUGUGUCUGGAGUCACCGAGGCUGCUGUGGAAUCUACGCGAUGAUCGAAGAGUAUUCGAGAGACCAGUAGUGAAAGCUACUAUCAACAACUGUUGUUCAAUUGUCCUUCCGAUCUGCUCUCUUCCGUACUAGAGAAGAAAUUCCAAAAGCAACACCCUGCCGCAUGCAGGAUGAGACGAGCAGCACGCCAAGCA